CUUUUUCAUCUAUGGAAAUUGCAAAUUUGCAGCAAUCUGAAAUGUCGCUCGUAGAGGAAUGUUUAGUGUUAGUGUAUUUGUAGUUAAUAGUAUGAUAUUUAGGGUUCCUAAUUUUAAGAUAAUGUGACAACGGGCUUGAAUAUAUUAAGGUUUAGAAUUCCACGUGCUACCAUGAACAAGAAGGAGAAAAGGGUGAUCAAGAUUGUACUGACUGGAGGCCCGUGUGGUGGCAAAACCACAGGACAAUCCCGGCUGUGCACUUUUUUUGAAAAUUUAGGAUGGAAGGUUUUUCGGGUCCCGGAAACAGCUACUGUGUUGUUAAGUGGCGGCAUAAAAUUCUCAGACUUGUCUGCAGAAGAAGAGAUGCGUUAUGGCUUACAGUCGUGCGUAGUGUGCGCGGCCAAGUGCACGGGACACGGAGAUAGUAGCGAGGCAUUCAAAUUCCAAGAGAACUUGUUGAAAACAAUGCUGCAGAUAGAAAACACCUUCUUCGCCCUUGGAGAAUCCAGUCAGCGAAGCUGCCUGAUCAUUUGCGACAGAGGAGCCAUGGAUGCAUCUGCUUUCAUCUCGCCCGAGAAGUGGGAGCAGAUGAUGCGGAGGAACGGCUGGAACCCGGUGGAGCUCCGGGACAACCGCUACAACCAGAUAGUGCACAUGGUGUCUGCGGCCAACGGGGCGGAGGACUUCUACACGACUGAGGACCACGCUUGCCGGAGCGAAGGCUUGGAACUUGCGAGAGAACUGGACUCCAAAGCUGCUUCUGCGUGGAUAGGGCACCCCUAUUUCGAUGUGAUAGACAAUUCGACUGAUUUUGAGACGAAAAUCAACAGGAUGAUUGCUGGUGUGUGCCAGAAACUGGGCAUCGACACCGGCGACCGCCUGCUGACCGACUCGAAGAAGCUGAAGUUCCUAGUGCGCGGCCCGCUGCCGCCCGACUCCGCCUUCCCCACGUUCCAGGACUUCGACGUCGUCCACAACUACCUGCAGACCAGCACGCCCAAGAUGCAGGCCCGCCUCAGGAAGAGGGGGCAGAACGGCCACUGGAGCUACAUCCACACCAUCCGCAAGCCGAAGAUCCGCAACCAGGUGAUCGAGGUGCGGACGCAGCUGACUCACCGGGACUACAUCAACAUGCUGGCCCAGCGGGACGACUCGCACUUCACCAUCUACAAGAAGAGGCGGUGCUUCCUCGUCAACAACCAGUACUUCCAGCUGGAUAUCUACAAGGAGCCCUGCCACCCCAGGUGCAAGGGCCUCAUGUUCCUGGAGACGUACUCAAGCCGGGAGGACCACCAGCUGCAGAAGAGCCUGCCCACCUUCCUCACCAUCGAGAAGGAGGUGACGGGCAACCCGCAGUACUCCAUGUUCAACCUGUCCCUGCGGGAGGAGUGGACCGUCACCAAGAAGUUCUGCCACACGCUGCAGGGUCCUGAUGAAGAAGUGAAAGAAAAUGGCAUCGAGACAGGCAAGGAAAACAGGAAUGAAAACAGAAUCAAAACAUGGAAAGGGGAUCCAAAAGAGAACGGAAUUGAACUUCAAGGUGGGCGUUCGAAAGAUAACGGAAAGGAAGGAGGUAGGGUUCAUGUCAAGAAAAACGGCAUGCAGGAUAUCUCAGGCCUCACAAAUGGGGUUUCAAAUUAAGUCAAUAGUUAAAAAAUGUAGGAAGGUGUCAAAUUUUUUUUAGUUAAGUAGCAUAUAAUGUUUUGUGCAUGACUCAUCAGGAUUAUGAAAAAAAAAAAAAAUGAGACAACUUAUUUCCUGAUGGUUAAGUUUUUUUUGUAGAAUUUAGCAUGUCUUCUAAGUACUUAAUCUAUUUUUUGUGUAGAACACACAGUCAGUAUCAUAUUGGAUUUUACCACUAGGCUUGUGCAAGCUCCAAAGUUAUGGAUUUGAAUUAAUUUGCAGAACUUUGUUUUAAAAAUUCCUUUGAUGAUUGAGUACGUAUUAAUUACCUUUUUGAAUGUAAUGAAGCUAAAGUAUAAUAGCUCAUCUAUGAUUUCAAAAUAUAAUGUCGUGACUUUGAAACACAUUUUUCAAUGACAAAAUUAUCAGUUAAGAUAAACACACAACUGUAUUAAUUAUUUCAGCUUAUAGCUAAUUCCCCAUUUGGAUAUAUAUUAUAUGUAGUGCAAAAAGAAUUUACGUUUUAUAGAAAUUUAAUGCGUUAGUGUAUUAAAAUUGCUAUUUGUUGAAUUUUUAUAAUAUUGUUUAUAAUUUGAUAAAAAUUGGUUGCUACUGUGAGUCUAUCUUUAGCUUUUUUUUAUAGAUUUUUUUAAAAAAUAAUAAUCAUGCUUUUAUCACAUUUUUUUUUUAAAUUAUGAUUUGUUGGUCAAUCAAAUUCAUGCUAAGAAUAGCGUAUUGAAAGCUUUGUAUAUCUAUGUACAUAGGUAAAACAUGCAAAUUGAUGCAAUAUAUUUUUGUAGGGAUUUUUUUAGUAUUUUAACGGUGGUGUAUGUUGUUGAAUUGCAUUUGCACAUUGUGUAAACAAGAAUGUAUGUUGCAUGUAGUGUGGGGUCAAUUCCGAUUCUGGAGUCUGCAAAUUCUAUUGAUUUCAAUGAUAUCAAAGGAUUCAGAAUCCAGUGGUUUUGGUGAAAGUCUAAUUAUUUAUUUCUCUACACUAAAAUCUUAAGUGUUUUUUUCUUUUUAUUUGUGUUUUCACAGAUCAUUCAUAAUAUUCAGCCAAUUCCAACAGAAAUAUUGUUUGAUUUGACAUUAUUUUGGUUCCAUUUAUUGGAGUUGGGUUAAUAAGUAAAUGAGUUGGGGAUCGAUCAGUCAAAUCAUCAAAUAUAAUCAAGUCCUUGGUAUUUAAAGGCCUUAUGCCAUCGGUAGGCAUGUAACAAAUUGAUAAAAAACUAAAUUGAUCUUAAAAUAAAACCAUAAAGUCUUGUGCUUGUCCCUAUCUAUCUGUAAUGUAUCCAUCUAAUUAGUUUGAAAUCUAUUCAUUCAUCAUGGUUUCUCAUUUGAUGCAUUAGAAUAAUGUUUUGUUGUAUGAACGCAAUUUAAUUAUUGCACUUCAUUAAAUCAAGUUCAGUGGAAGCCCUUAAUUUUUGUAUUAAUAAACACCAAUUUUUCAUAUUAUGUAUAGCCAAAUUUAGUAGAAAAAAAUGCUGUUAAAACUUAAUUUUACUACAUGUCUUAUCACCACAGAAUUCCAUAAUUCAUUUGAUGUUUUAAACAGGAUUUCACCCUAUUUUUUAUUCAAAAAAUAAAUACAAUUUUCUCAUAGAAUUUAAAUACAGAAAAUUUAUGACUUAUACCUUAUUUUUAUUGAUUUUGAAAAAUUUAUUUUUAAUAAAUUACUGUGAUUAAAGCUUUUGUUUCCAACCACAAAAGUUAAUUUAUUUUGGGGCUCUCAAAUACUAAGGAAAAUGAAAUUUUAGUGCCGUCUUUAUAAGCCAUUAAUUAUUAAUUGCAAUAGUUGUAAAUAAAUAUUUACAAACAGAAUUUUGUAUCUGAGCAUAAACGUUUGACAAUCAUUAUAUUAGAGUGUAUGGAACCUAAUAGAAGUGCAAUUAAAAUUGAAGAAUUGAAUACCAAAUAUGAGAUUCGAAACUGGAAUUGGAAUAUUUUUUUGGAGUUGAUCCAACACUAGUUUUGGGGUUAUGGCCAUUAUUUUUUGAGAAACGUUCCUCAAUAUUAUGAUAUAGUUGUGGUUAGGAAAAAUUUGCGUACCUAUUAGAGUGUGUUUGUGAAGAUCAGGUCGGAAUUGCAAACCUUUUUUUCUUUUUUGAAUACAUUUAUAUUUGGUUUAUAUUUCAUACGUACCUAGUUACAAUGCAUGAAAGCUCUCCCGAAGUAAACAAUGUAAAUAUGACCCAAUAAACUUUACAUGAGUUCAUUGUGUGUACCUUGUAAAGUUUUGUGUGAAUAAAAAACAAUAUCUAGAAGUGUAACUAAUGUACGUAGGUAAUAUAAAUUCAAUAAACUGAGUAUUAUAAAAUAAUUAAACAUUUUGAAACAUUGAGAAUAGUCCCGUUGAUGGUCAAAACUUUCAUAUUUGUAUAUUAGUAGGAGUAAGUUUUUUAACCAUAAGAGAAAAUACCAAUGUGGACUGUUGCGUUAAGAGGUUAAGACUAGUUCUGAUUUGGUUUAAUAAUCUUUCAAAAUACUUACUGUAUUUAUAUUUUUAAUGGUGGAAGACAUUUCUGUGCAUUUGCAUUGCAGUAAGAAAAAUUUAACUAAUCCUUUGUCUGGUUAAAUAAAUAUUUCAAUCUUAAAACAUAUUUCUGUUAAUGCAUGUGCAGUUAUUACAGCGAAACCCCUUAUUUACGUUACCGUUAUUUACGUUUUCCCGUUAUUUGCACUAUAUUCUUCAGGUCCCGUUUGGUUCCCAUAUAGUCCAAUACAAUACUUUCCCGCGAAUUACGUCUCAAAAAUCGAAUCAAUCCCGCUAUUUACGUCACGUAACAACCAUAAACAACCAGAAAAUACCGUGGAGCUAGUAGGCAAUGAACAUUUUAAAUAGCAAAAUAUACAUAUUUUAUAACAUGAAAAGUUGCUUUUAUUUCUAAACAUGUAAUAAUUUAAGCCUAGGCGUGUAAAAGUACGAGUAAUUAUAGCAGGAGACAAUCUAAAACAAUCUAAAAUGCACGAGGGAAAAACGUAAACUCAUGAAUGUACAAACAUGGCUGCUUGUAAGUUCUGAUACUGUAUUUAUGUCACAACUUAGCCGAAAUACUGGUACGAGACAUAAACUUCACAAGAUAAAAUGAGCGGUGUCUUGGUACCUGUUUUAUACGUCUUUUAUAAUUUGGGAAGUAUUGUACAGUUGACGCCAUAUUUUUUAAACUAACCAUUUAUUUCUGGGGAUCGUAAAUAAUUAAUUAUUGGUACCAAGACAUCAUGAUAAUAUAAACAUAAACUUGAACAUGUCACGGCAGCGAGAAAACUGGUGCGUAUACCAAUAAACUGGUAUUAGAACUGGAUAAAAUUGGUACACGGGAGGUGGAGCUUAUAUUUUUUUCCGCUAAGCUCGCAUCUAUUGGUUGGCGGCUGAUGGCGUCAUGAGUCUGGGCGGAGCAUAGAGUGCGCAUGCGCCGCCGCGUCGUUACAGCAGCUGACCGAAUACAAUGACCUUUCUCCGCGUUUGGCGCGCUAUUGACGGUAAACAUUCAUCAAUUUGCGGCCUUUUCUUAAAAAUUUUUUUACUGUGAGCAAUGUGUAUGUAGCCCGUAUUUGUUAUAAACCCUGCCGGUUGCAACUGUAUUUAUAAUUUGGAGAGGCAAAUAAUCUCCUUGAACAGCCAAAAAAGCAAGCAGAAGAAAAUUUCAAAUUUAUUUUUUAGGAAGUAAUCAGAAAAACAUUUUGGCUUUCAUUCUUUUUUUAUUUUUGUCAAAUGUGGUAAAUUAAUAAUUGAUUAAAUACUAAAGUAAAAUUUGUUGUUAGUGUGUUUGUACCUGCAUUGUAGUAUGUGCUAUUAAACAAAAGGAAAAAAAUUCUAAAUAAGGUAAACUGUACUCCUUUUUAUACUUUUCCCUUUAUUUACACUUUCCCGCUUUUUACACUUUUUUACUUUGUCCCCAUGAAAAGUGCAAAUAAGGGGUUUUGCUGUAUGUUGACCCUGAAAUAACAAGCUAAAUAAAUUAUAGGCUUGAUAUUCAAGUAAGAGUACACUGUGAAAUAUAAUAAAAUUUAAAAUAAGGCAAACAUCAUUAUUUGUAUUUCAACUUGGGUAUAAUAUCCACACCAUUUUUAACAAAAAAAUUAAUUUAAACACUCAGUCAGUUGUUUGUGAGUAAAUAUGAUUGGUUAAAAAGCAAAUCUCUAGUAAUGGGAAGAUGAACAUACUAUUAAUGCCAUACCUAUGAUGUCCUAGGAAAAAACUUGUUCUGUAAAAUUUGUGACAUUCAUGUAAAAACAUAAACUGUGUAAUGGGUAGGUCUCCACAUUUUAUGCGUGGGAUCGUUAAGAAACCCACUGUUUUGUUUGGAUUUUAAAGGUUUUUUGGUAUGUCUUGUUUAGUAAUCAAAGUUUGCAUGCUCAUUUUCACCAAUGAGAAAAAUCUAGUGGUGGUUAAAAAUUUAGUUUUGAACUAUGUGAUCAAAGUAAUUUUUGCACAAGCCCAGUGUACUAGGAUGUGUUGAUUUAUUUUGUAGAGUAUUUUGACAUUUAAGUGUGUGUUAUAGGAAGUAAAUAGACAACUUGAGCUGCAGUAUUAUGUAUUAAAUAUCGUAGUCGACAGGUUAUGUACUGGCUCCUAUGCAGCUUGCAUACAUACUUACCGUAGUUUCCUUGUGUUGAUAUUAUUUAACCGCUGAACCCUGCUCUUGUGUGAUUGUGAAAUUACUGUCAUUUUUUUCUUGCGUGGAAUUGAGGGUUUGGGCAUAAUUUAGAUGCAUAUCUCAAUGUCAUGUGUAAAAUGUUUGCUGGAUGUUAAAAAGUUAUGAUUAUUAUUUAUUGCGUAUAGAGGCAGAUUAAAUAAGGAAUUAUUUGCAAGUUUUUGAGGAUGUGCCAUUAGAAUUUUGUGAACAAUGAAUUUUGCGUGGUAUCAAUUUUCAUCAAUAUUGUUUAUCAGAGACUAGAAAUACAUUAUGAUUGAAUUUUUUUUCCUUGUGAUUUCUCUGUCAUGUGACUUUUUUCAAAUGCAAAUUGCUACGCCAUUCCUAUUUGGCAUUAUAAAAUUAUAAAAAUAUUUUUGAUGCAAUUUUUAGUAGCUCCCAUCUUGUGGAGUACUUAAUGGAUUGAAGAAAAACACUUAGAACAAGUUUCAGUAGGAAGGGAAUACGUAUUUUUAAAUUUAUUUUUUUCUCGUUAUAAGUCCUAGUGAUUAGAAAAUUCAUAUAGUUUAUGGACAAAAUUUGGUUCUGUAUAUAUCAUGAUGACUGAUAAUUAACUAGAAAAUGUAAAGCUGGACAAUGUAUAAUUUAAGUUUGAAUGAAGUCUCCGCCUUAUUAAAUUUAAUUUAUACCAUAAAAAUGGGGGUGGUAACUAUGACUAGAAAAUAGGGUAUUUAUUUUCUACAAAUUUAUUGUUGCUACAUAAUUUUAUUUUCUUUAUAAGACAAUUUAAUUGUUAAAUUUUUUGUCAUAAAUAUUGAAUUAGAAUUUUUUUUUUUUUUAAAUAAUUGUUGCAUUAGUCAUCAAUGGAUCUCAAGUAUAUAUAUAUUUUUUGUAAUUAUUUAAAUUCUACUUCAAAUUUGACAAUUUACUAACUGAAGUUACAUCUUUUAUACCAGAUUUUUUAUUUGUUCACUAGAAUAAGUUAUAGCUAGAGACACCUGUUUGUAGUAGCAAAGCUAGUCUGCAAUUUUUUUUAUACUGAUUUAGUCGCUAUUUGCAAUGUGAUUUUGUAAAAAUGUCCUCAAAAUUUUGCACUCAACAACAUACUAGUAAUUAUAGAUGCCUGUUUGUAGCUUAAGUUGUUUUAAAACUUAUUUUGGUAUAUUUUUCAUCAUUCUAUAAUCAAGUUCAUAAAAACUUUCAUGUAAUUCUACAUUAAAUAAUCUGAAAAUUGCCUAGAAUUAUGAGCAUAUAUUAACAGUUUUGGCAAAAUAAAAAUCAGAAAGGUAAAAUGAAUACCACCCCAGCCUUUAACAAUGGCUUUGGUCAAUUUAACAUACCGUAUUUACCCGAAUAUAAGACGACCUCGAAUAUAAGACGACCCCCAAAUUACAGCCUCAUGUUUUCAGGAAAAAAUUUGUUUUAUUGUAUUAAACACAUGCCAACAAAUUAGAUGUAAAAUUGAAAAUAUGAAUGUUAUGCCUCCAGGAAUAAUAACAAGGUCGGUGUUCAUACCUUUAAUACAUGAUUUCACCUCUGGCGUUAAAUGUCCUUUGAAUGCAUCUAACACUAACAUCUUUCUUCUUUAAAAGUGCCCCAGGCCUUCUAUCCCAAACUGCCUUUAACCAGUCUUGCAUCAACUCACUUGUCAUCCAACCUUUUUCUUGACAUCUCACUAUUACCCAGAAGGCAAUUUUUCUUUUGGCAUAGUUUUACGAUUAAGAAUGACAAAAGGGAACAAUUUUCUACCAUCAGCUAACACUGUAAGCAUCACUGUUAUCCUCAUUUUCUCAUUGCCACUUGUCUUCACAUUAACUGUUUUAGUUCCAACAGCAUCCACUGAAUAAUUUGAAGGCAUAUCAAAAUAUACAAGCGUUUCAUCAGCAUUUAAAAUGUAAAUAACAUACAGUUCGUCUAACUUAAAUAAUCACAGCAAAGAAGUACUGUAUAACCUACAUUAAUGUUUUUGUACAAGAAACUAGUCUAUAAGAUGGGCGCCAUCUUGUGCUAUAGAACAUUCCAAAAACAUCGGUCGUAACAUGUGCAGCCAGUAACUACUGCACAACCUGAAAACAUUAACCUAAAAUAAGUAUGUUUACCAAAAAAUCAAUGUAUCUGAAUAUAAGGCGACCCCUUUGUUUUGAAUGAUAAAUUAUGGUAAAAAAUGUCGUCUUAUAUUCGGGUAAAUACGGUAUUGGUAGCAAUAUGUUAAUUUGACAUGUUAUGUUAUGAGUAAUUUACCUAAUAUUGAUUGUAAUGUGUAAUUGCUUGCUUAAAAUUACCGUAACUGAUAAAAAUUAGCACGUGAAGAGUUCUAUUAAAAAAAUAUAUAUCUUUUUCUUAGGGAUAUCUAAUAAUUUUCAUAAUUAUCUUGUGAUUUCGUGCAUUGCGAAAAACAGAUGUCUCUAGUGAUGUUAUUUGUUGGUUGAGAUGGGUUGCACAAGAUAAGUACAGCUCAUUUUGAAAGCUGUUUUUGUGUGAGUGAAAAUAAUGUUGGUUAAGCACCAGUUGUUAGACAAGAUUCUAGUAAGUUUUAAUAGUGCUGUGCACUCAAUGCAAAUAAUUUUUUUUAUUGAGUCGGGCUGUGAUACAUGUUGCAACAUUGUGAUGAGCUGUAUAAAAUUGAAAGAAACCAAAAUUUGAUUGUUAGUGUUAUGUUAAUGUACAGUAAAGGCUCAUAACUGCGCUCUUUUACAGAACCAUAAAAUUGGAAUAUAUUGGUUUAAAAAAAAAUAACUUGUUGAAAAACUAUAUAUAUUUUUUUCAUUUUGAUAAUUUAGUAAAGGCUAUGCAGUUUAUUUUGGCUGUGCACUGAUUAUACAUACGUAGUAGGCAAUACAGGCAGGAAUGAUUAUCUUACUGUGAUAUUCAUAUUUCUUGCAAAAACAAUAUAUUACCGGUAGUUGUUUUAUGUCAUUGUAAUAUUUGAUUGCAACAUUGCUCUUUCUUUGAUUUAAAUAAAUAUCAAAAGUUAUUUUUAACGAGUUUUCAUAUGUUAAUAAUAUGUAUUUCUAAAGCGUGUUAGGUGUUUUUUUGAAGCAGAUGGAAUUAAACAUUUUUGUUUGAAUGGGAAUGAUUUAAGGUAAUUUAUUUUAGAGAGUGAAGAAAUUUGGCAAUUGUGUUUAGCUAGGAGCAGGAAUAUUUCUAGCUUUGCAUCUCAUGGAUGUGAAAGUGAUUGAACACGUGUUUAUUCUUAUUGUAGAGUAAUUUGCAGAUCACAAUCAUUAACCUCUGUAAGAAGUAUGCUUGUGUGUAUGUACAUGCAUGCAAGAUACAUAUUUGUUGUGUCUGAUUAAUUACAUGACUACAUUCUCCUGACGCAGCAUCUUUAGUAUGUAGUUGAUAGCCAGUACUUACGCCGUGGAAAGUCUGUGAAAGGUUAUGUCCUUUUGUGUAGAGCAGUUAUUUAUCGGGUUGAUGCACCUGAUUUGAUUAAAGAUGGCAUUUUACGAGGCCCGAGAAUGUUUGUAAGUAAGUGUGCAUGCAUGCACUGCAUAAGCUUUUGAAGUAUACUAAGUUCUGUUCAUUAAUUAUGAGACAAAAUAUUUUCAUGUGUGAUUUGGUAAAAAUAAAUAAAAUGUAAACUGUACAGAAGUGGUGUACUUUUAAGGUACCAUUUGGACAGUGCAUUGUAAACAUGUCUUGUACCUGCACCAUUAUACAGAUGCCUCUAUGUAUUUAAAUAACUAGUAUAAAAUUUUUAAUUUAAUAAUUUAAUGUAAUUCACACCUAAUCAAUUUUAUCUUGUGCCUUGCCAGAUGAUAAAUUUGCAUAUUUUGUUUUGAUUCAAGAAGUACUUGUGCAUUAGUGUAUUUUUUGGUUCUGUGAUAUUCUUGUUUGAAGAAAUAAAUCAGCUAUAUUGGUGAUAAAAA